CGUACUGCUUUCCGCUGCCUUCUUUUAUUUUCACAUUCACUGAAUUCACUCACGUCACAAAAUACCACCUCACUUUGUUUUGAAAAUAGUAAACAAAUAACCUUAACGCUGGAAGUAAGAAAAUUGUCGGCAGGGUUAAUCUCCUAGUCUAAGGAUUGUCCAACUAACAACUUAUCGUAGUCAGAUCUAACAGCAUGGCCGCUGAAUCAGGGGAGUUGCCUUCUAUCUCAGAAGAUAUUGAGGACUAUAAUGAAGGUCUACGAGAACUUAAAAACCUAAUUGGAGAGGCAAGUGAAUUAGUGGAAGAGAUAGAUACCAACUUCCUUGACAUUUUUGAGAAAGAUCGGAGGGUAUUGGAGGAAAUAGAUGUAAAAGAGUCUGCACUCAACUACAUUUUGCUGGAACAAUCCAAACACAGAGAUUUAAUUGAAGGUGUGAGAAAGAUUUUUGAGUACUGUAACCAGCUAGAAGAAUUUAAGGCUGCUCACGAUGCUCAAAGUGAGCCCAGACUAAAGGCUGCACUGCAGGAGGCGAAACUGGCAUUCAGAAACGCAAACCGUCUGUUACAAGAACUGGAGAAAAGUGUAGCACAACAUCAGUCAAUCUACAAAACCAGCCGAUCAGUUUUAACUUCAGUUAAUGAUAGUUUCUCUUUGUAAAAUACUCCUAUCUGUAAUAUACUAUGUAAGUGCCCUAUUUUAAAAAUAAAAAUUUGUUUUGUAA